GUCGUCAGGUCUGUUAGAGAACGCAGUAACAGUACACAGUGCACACCGCUCUGUGAACUAUUGCGCGUACGGAAUUUCAUCUCAAAUUCCAAGGUUAGAUUAUUAUUAUCACCGAAAACCGUUCCCAGACACGAGCUGUGAAUAUUGGCGGGAGCCGGCACUAUAGUUCUACACCGAACCGCAGGGCAUUCGUUCGUUUACCGUCGUCUGAUCGACCAGUAGUGCUUCAGCCCCGUAGCGCUUACUUACAUAUCUGUACACAAAAUCAAAAUUAUAAACAAGAUUUCGAUAUGGCCAAAACCCAAACUAAUGGUCUCAACUUGGGCGAAGUAAUCAUCGAAGGAAAAACUAAAGUCGUAUACGACUUACCUGAGACGGAUAAUGUAUUGAUGGUGAGUAAGGACCGAAUAACCGCCCACAAUGGCAUCAGAAGCAACGAUUUAGAAGGCAAAGCAGCCCUGUCUACAGAAACCACAACUGCAAUAUUUAAAAUUUUACAAGAUUUAGGAAUAAACACAGCGUUUGUUUCAAAAAAUGGAUCAUCCAACAAUACCUUCAUAAGCAAAAAGUGUAGUAUGAUUCCAAUUGAAUGGGUAUCAAGACGUAUUGCUACAGGAUCAUUCCUGAAACGUAAUCCAGGAGUGAAAGAAGGUUAUAGAUUUACUCCACCAUUAGUUGAAAUUUUUUACAAGGAUGAUAAAAAUGAUGAUCCUCAAUGGUCUGAACAGCAGUUAUUGUCGGUUGAGUUUAAAAUAGGAAAUAUUCUUAUUGGAAACGCUGAAUAUGAAAUAAUGAAGAAAACAACUAUCUGUGUAUUUGAAGUGUUGGAAAAGUUAUGGGCAUCACAAAAUAUUGCUUUAGUUGAUAUGAAAAUUGAAUUUGGUGUUAGUUCUGAAGGAAAAAUAUUAGUAGCAGAUGUUAUUGACAAUGAUUCGUGGAGGUUAUGGCCAAAUGGAGACAAACGAUUAAUGUUGGAUAAGCAGGUGUAUAGAAAUUUAAGCACUGUCACACCUACUGAUUUGGAAACAAUUAAGACAAAUUUCAAAUGGGUUUCAGAAAAAGUUCAAAAUUUGGUUCAACCAUCAACAGGUUUGGUUGUAAUCGUUAUGGGAUCAGGUAGUGAUGAAAGUUUUGGAAAAAAAAUUGCACAUUACACAAAAAAUGUUAUGGGUAUUAAUACUGAAAUUAGAAUUGGAUCAGCUCAUAAAAGCACUGAAUUUGUUUUGAGAAUGAUUGAUUAUUAUGAAGGUUUAAGUAUUCCUGUUGUCAUAAUUGCUGUUGCUGGUCGUAGUAAUGGUUUAGGUCCGGUUAUCGCUGGCUACACUAAUUUGCCAGUAAUAAAUUGUCCACCUUUAACAUCUUCCAACGUUAAUCAAGACAUUUGGUCUUCAUUAAAUGUUCCCUCUGGUUUGGGCUGUGUAACUGUACGAGAAGAGGAAGGAGCUGCUUUGGCUGCAUCACGUAUUAUUGGAUUAUCUGAUCCAUUAAUAUGGUGUAAGCUAAAAGUACAGCAGUUACAAAAAUAUGUCACUUUAAUAAAGAGUGAUCAAGAAAUUGUUUUAAAAGACUUGUAAACCCAAUAAUAAUUUAUUAUUGUUCAUUAAUCAAUAUCCACAAAAAAUUA